AUGGAGACAAGUGUCUGCUCAUCACCACCCAAAUCUAGGGCCAGGAAAAGAGAGUAUGAUUACUAUGAAAAGAGUCACCGGAAGUACGCAAAAAAGGUGAAGAAAAGUCUAUUCUCAGCCAUUGAAAAAAGAGACCUUGAACAUUUCGCCAAAAUCGUUAAUACGCGAGUCCAAGUGACAACUUGCAGUGGCAAAAAGAUUAUCCAGAAAGCUUUCAUUAAAGCUUGUCGGGCAGGCGAAACAAACAUCGUCCGAUUUCUGAUUCGUAACGAGGCUGAGGUCAACGAAAGAUCGAAAGAUGAUCUCACGCCUAUCAUGGCCGCAGUUCUGUCUAACUCUUACGACACGGUUGAAUUCUUGCUCGAAUGUAGAGCUAAGAUCAGAACCCGUUUAAAGCCUACACAAGACAGCGUACUCCAUGUGGCUUUAAAGAGAGGAUUUUAUCAUAGCGAUAUCGUAGGUUCAGAAAACUGGGACCCUAAAUUUUUCAUCGACACUAAAAUAAUCAAACUUCUAAUUGACAAUGGAGCUUCAGUUAACCAGAAAUGUAAAGACGGUUACCUGCCCUUGUCACUUGCUGCCUCUUCCAACAGGAAUGCAGUCAUCACUCACCUCAUUAAGAAAGGCGCUGAUGUCGACAGAGUGGACAGUAGAUAUGAGAUGACUCCCUUGAUGCACGCAGCUAUUGCAGGCAAUGUCUACAUCGUAAGACAGCUUCUGAAAUACAACGUAGACAUAGACAUCACAGACAAGUGGGACUACUCUGCUCUCAUGUUGGCUGCACAUUUCAAAAAGCCUUUAGUUGUCUCAGCUUUAAUUCAAGAAGGCGCUGAUGUCAACAUGGUCAGUGACUAUAAUGGAAAGAACGCCCUAAUUUUGGCUACAGAGUCCAACUGUUUUGAUUCCGUCAAUAGUCUUCUGGAAAAAGGAGCAGACGUGAACUACGGAGAGCCAAGGCGAGGCACAACCGCCUUGAUGAUCGCAGCUCAAAAUGGGUACAUCGAUGUCGUGGACACUUUACUCUACUACAAUGCAGAUGUUGACCUGAGAGACGAGGAUGGACAUACAGCAGUGUGUUUGUGUUCAGAUGAUGAGAUUGUGGAUUUGAUAAAUAAAUCAUUCCGGUAUGACAUGACCCAUGUCUCAUAAGUCAAAUGAUGUAUAGUUUGCAUGUAUAAGUAUACACUGGGUAUAGACACAUAGAUGUAUUAAAGUUUUAUUGAAAUGCAUUAUAAAAGCUAUUUAUGUAUUAUAUUUUUAUUUUUUUUUUAAAUUGUAAAUACUUUAAUAAUCAAUAAAUAAAAUCUAUGAGCAACUUAACAAUCUUUUAUCUUUUAUGUUUAAUCUUUAAGUAAUUUUAUUUAGUUGAAAGCUUGAACUAAAUGUUCAUUCCCUCCCUUUACUUAAUUAUCUAGCUGAGGCUCGGUCCAUCUUGUGACGAGGUUUUUGUAACGCUUUAGGGAUUCUCACAUUUUUCUUGGUAACUUGUGCAGUUUGUUCUCUAAUUUCAUUUGUUUUUCACAUGAU